CCCGUAGCUGCCCUCGUCCCGAUCGGGGGCCCAGAGACUUUUGGGUCGAGCAGUCACGCCCCACGGUACACUCCUCACUACUGUAUUUGCUCCACAGCGGUGGAUAUCCACUUCCGACCUAGAAGCCGAGACAUCAUGCCUGGAAUGAUGGCUCCUUGCCGCGCCUUGGCCGCAGCCGCGCUGCUGCGGGCGGCUCCCGCGAUGAAGCUCAUGGAGGACCCGGCGGACCGCCAGCACAGCGCGGGGCGUCCGCAGACCACUGCUGCGCCGACGGCAUUUCCGACGGCGGCGCCCACCCCCGAGCCGACGCCCGAGCCGACGUACGUGAUGGAGCUUCCGGGGGUGCCCUGCCUCUGCCACAAGCCGGCCUGCUUCGAGAGGUACGACCUCAACAACGAUACGUGCAUCACCCAGGACGAGUGCGACGUUCAGGCUCCUCUGCUGGGGAACUGCACCACGGUGCCCGCAUCCUACGGGCCAACGGUGUGGGACCUGGACGGCGACGGCUGCAUCAAUCCAGGGUGGGAGGUCAUCUACGACAUGAACGCUACUGAGGUCUGCCCGACGGAGGUUCCAGAGCCGUGCGACGAGUGCCCUGAGGGCAAGUACAUCGUUUCGAACCCCUGCGGGUGCGAAGUCUGCAGUGGAUAUACGCGCAGGCGCCGCUCCACCGAGUGCACCUCCUGCGAAGAAGGCUACGGCCCUGGCUGCGAAGACUGCGACGAUUGCAGGGACAUUUACAAACCUCCAGCCAAGGGUGGGAACAACUCGGCGAACAUCACUGUGGACGUCCCGUAUCAAACGUGCACGGAGUUCUCCCUGGGAGAUCCUAUAACCAUCACUGGAAGAAGAUCAAGUGACCCGUCUACUAUUAUCACGCAUUCGACGGUCGUUAUGGGGAUUACUCCAGUACUCGGGGGAUAUAUACUCGAUCUUGCCGUGCCGCUUCCUGAAGACUUCACCUAUGACACCUCCGUUUCGCAGACGUGCACUUCCACCGACGGGACCCAGGUGAGCUCCUCAUACUCUCCCUCUGCGGAUGGCUGUUGCUGCGCAUGUGGCACUGAUUGCUGCGAGACGACUGAGGUGUGCACUGUGUACCCCAACGGCACUGGUAUGUGCUCCAAUGCUGGCCCGUACCCCGAAUUCUCGACCCCAGCCCCGACAGUCGGGGCCAAGGGUGACCCGCACUUGGUCAACCUGCAAGGGGAGCACUUCGACAUCAACCACGAGGGCAAGUUCGCACUGCUCCGUUUCCCUCAAGCUGCCGAGAAGCCGGCCGAGUUCUUGUUGCAGGCGGGCAUUCAGGCGGACGUUGGGAAGCCGUGCACCACGUACAUUACGCAGGUCGAGCUCUCGGGCUCCUGGCUCGGCGGCAAGUCCGUGCAGGUUCGCUGCUACCGCCAAUCCCAUUCGAACGACACCGAUGCGUUCCUCGGUGCCCGGCUGCUCGAAGGCGAUAGUGAUUCUCCUUGGCAGACCAUCGAGGAUGUUCAAACCAAGGAUCUUGUGCUCUCGGAUUCUGAGUCAGACAUCGAAGUUUCAUUAGACAAGGCAACGUGGUUUCCCAAGAAGCGCUCAAAGAAGGGGCCAAUUGUGGCUGGUAUGUUCACUCUCUCUCUGCGCAACAAGAAGAGCCUGAAUGGCGCCAAGAUCACCCUGCGCCAGGACCUGCCUGAGCAGCAGCACCUGAAUGUGGCGGUGCGGCAGCUGUCCCAGCUUGGCCGCGUCGACGUCGGUGGGCUGCUCGGCUUCGACGCACACGCGGAGAGCCUUGAACGCCCCUCUGCCGCGUGCGUCCACCACAGGGCGACGGCGCGCUACCGCAUCGAGAGCCAGGACGAGGCGGAGCACGGCUACUACUUCAAGCCGGCGUGGAAGGACCGCUGGGACAAGGUUCGCGGGGCUGGUCGCCCUCGGGAUAACGAGGCGGCCGCCAGCCUGGUGGGCAAGUUCGACGACAAUGACGUCCUCGGCGGCAAGAUGUGCAAGUGCCCGAGCGAGGAUGGCGGCCUCCCCGGCGGCAGCAUCGAGGGGGUGCUCGUCGAGGAGGCGAGCUUCGUGUUCGCCGAGGCCUCUUGGGAGUAGGCCCGCGCGGCGGGACUGCGGCGCUCCGACGCGGGCGCCUGCUGCGGGUCGCGCUCUCCCUCCUCCCCUCCCGAGGGCGCCUCUGCGCCGCCACCUCGCAUGGCCAGGCCCACCCAGGGCAAAAGGAUGGCCGGCCAGGAGGGGGUUGUCCGACUGCGAUGCGAGAUGAAGAGUUGAUCCUGGGGAAAGGCCCAGGGCACAGGGCCCGUGUCUCCGAGGAACGGUGAUACGCCGCGGCGGUGCACACCGAAUCUUAUCAGCCACUUGAAGCAGUCGGAGGUCCGCGCAGAUCUCUUUGGUCGGCGACGUCUU